AUGGGAUUGUUGGGAGCCAUAGGCUUUUCUUUAGCAUUGGUGUCUCUUACUCAGAUACCUAAUAGUGCAGAAGGGUGCAAAAUCUUGUCAGCGGCCCCCUCGGGCCCCUCAUCCAUUCUGGUGAAAUGGGAAAAAUCAAAUGUGGCUACAAGCUAUUUUCUGGACCUUCGGGUGAAGAACAAUACAAAUUUUGCACCGGUUGUGGUGACCCUGCCAGCCACCGGGACAGAGAAGGACGUCCAGGGUCUGAGACCAGGAACCGAGUACAGUGUGACUCUGAAAGUCUUCCAGUUCUACUUUGUGGUGUGUGUGGAUACAACUGUAGCGUCCACAGUCCCCGACACAUCGCAGAUAGAAGUCGGCCUGCCGCUGUCGAGCUCCUCGAUCUUUGUACAAUGGGCUGAGGUAUCGUCGGCGCAGCGCUACUACCUGCUGGUGCGCUCCCAGGCCACCGGACGAACGUUCAAUCUCACCCGCACCAACUCCAGCGCGGUGGUGGGAGACCUGCAGCCCUCCACCAACUACGACUGCUACGUGUACACGGCUAACCAGGCCGGUCUGGGAAGCAGGAGCAAAGUGAGGACCAUCACGACCUUGGUGCAGCCUCCGGUGAACAUUUCAGCGGCACAGACUGGCCGGAGCACAGCGAGGGUGACGUGGCAGCCGGUGAAGGACGUCCUGAUAUACCGAGUCGCCAUCCAGAACCUUGACGAACCCACCAGCGGGCCGUCUGUGCAGAACGUCACAGACAACAAGCUGGACGUUCAUGGCAUCCUCCCAUGUUCCACCUAUCUGAUAUCAGUGUCCUCACUCAACAUGUUCCUGGUGCCGAGCGAGCCCACGGACCACACGUACACCACCAACAAGCUGACACCGGUUUCAUCAGUAUCGGUGGACUACACCUGCACCACUCACUCUGCCCUGGUGCGUUGGUCGGCUGUGUUCGGGGCCGACUCCUACAGGGCCACGGCGAUAAGCGAAAACGGCACGCAGCUGACGUGCACCAGCCGGAGCACCAGCUGUCAGAUCGCCGGACUGAGCUGUGGUCGGAACUACGUGGUGCACGUAACGCCCAUUUCGGAGAACUGCAAGAACACGGUGAACAACACCUCGGCCGCCUUUCAGACCGUCCCCUGUCCUCCCAAAAACCUGGAGUUGCUGCGAGACUGCUCCAGCGAAGUCAUCGUCUUUUCCUGGGAGCACACCAACAACACAGACUACUACCUGGCCAGGGCAGUGGACUCCAAGGGAGUGGUCCAGGAGUGUCUGACUGAAGACAACUCCUGUUAUUUCACGCACACGGUGUGCGGACGACACUAUUACUUCACAGUCUAUUCAGUCACAGGGAAGUGCAGGAGCCAGAUCAGCUCUACUGUUGACAUCCGCACAGCACCCUGUAUUCCCCAGAACCUCCAAACAUCGUCCGACUGCAAAUCAGAUGUUCUGCUCAGCAAGUGGGACCUCGCAGAGGGGGCUCUACGCUACACUGUGGAGGCCUUCGGUAACAAGGGACACAACAGCCGCUACAACUGCAGCUCGCUGUCCAACAGCUGCGCUAUAGAGGGCAUCCACUGCGGAGAGUACCUGACCAUCUACAUCACAGCUUUUGACAACGAAUGUGCCAGUCCGAGGACACUGGGGCCUGUGACUGAGACAGUGCCAUGCGCUCCUCAGAACGUAUCAGCAGUGAAAGAAUGUGGAGCAGACUCCAUCACAACCACCUGGGACCUGUCCAGUGGUGCAAUCUUCUACGUCGCCAUAGCAAAGGACAGCAACGGCGUCAUUCACAACUGUAACUCCAUCGACCUGACCUGUAAGAUCAAUGGCUUGAAGUGCAGCACCAACUACACAGUGUACGUCAUUGCCUCCAACUUCGUGUGCAACAGCUCUGAGAGUGAGACGGUCACCAUAGAGACAGCCGCUUGCCCACCGAAUCAUGUCACUGCCUCCCUGGACUGUGCAGCCAAUGAGGCUCUGAUUUCGUGGCAUGGCCAGCCCAAACUGAACUCCUACACCGCCACCAUUGUGGAUGAAGAACAAGGACUUCUCAGCUGCAGCUCCACUACAACCAGCUGUAGGGUGCCAAACCUGAAAUGCGGCAAGCUCUACACUGUCACUGUCGGCCACCACGAUGGCAUCUGCCCCAGCAUCCCCUCUGAGGCCAUCUACUUGGAGUCGGUUCCCUGCGGGCCGGCCAACAUGCGGGCCGACGUGGACUGUGCGUCAGGCGGACUGACCGUCGGCUGGAACGCAUCCAGAAACGCAGAAGGCUACAUCACCGUGAUCUCAGACAGCGAGAAGAAGAUGUCUUAUAACACCACACAGCCAAAGCUGAGCAUCAACACGCUGGAAUGUGGACUGGAGUACACUGUGAUGGUGACAUCCUUCAAUCGUACCUGUGUCAGUCUUCCCUCAGUCUUACCUGUCAGGGAAGUACCCUGCGUGCCGACUAAUGUGGUGGCGGAGAGAAACUGUGGCCAGAGUUUUGUGGACGUGACGUGGCAAGCGAGCCGCGGCGCCAAAAACUACAUCGCAGCUGCUGUGGGGAAAAAUGGCAGUCGCUUGGAAUGUGUGUCCAAUAAGACGUCGUGCAGCCUGGAGGGCGUAAUGUGCGGCCAGGUUUACAAUGUCAGCGUGGUCGCUGUGGACGACAGCUGCGCCAGCACAAGGAGCCCGGCGGUGAAACGAUCGACAGCGCCCUGCCCUCCCUCUCAGCUCAGCGCCUCGGUGAACUGUGGCAGGAACUCUGCAGCGUUAACCUGGAACAGCAGCCCCAACGCGGCGUCCUACACCGGCAAGGCUGUGAGCACAGAUGGACAUAAUGUGACCUGUGACGCAGGAGCAGAGCUUAGUUGCCAAUUGGAGGGUCUGCACUGUGGCAAGGAGUACGCCUUCACUGUGUCCGCCUCAGAUGGCGACUGCCGGAGUCCGGACAGCACACCGGUCAUCCAUACAACUGCCCCGUGUGCUGUUCAGAAUGUGCUUGGCACCCUGAACUGUGGCAAAAACACACUAACCAUCAGCUGGGCACCCGGACCUUUGCCAGUAAACUACAGCGCCACCGCCCUGGCCAGAAAUGGAAGUGCACUUCGCUGCAUGACAGACGACUCUAGCUGCACGCUGACUAAUUUGACGUGUGGGCAGCAGUACACUGUGACGGUCAAAGCCAUCAGCAGCACAUGUGAAGGACACAGCAGCGUCCCAGAGAUUGUUAAUUCUGUUCCCUGUGUUCCCGUGAACGUCCGAGGCGCUGUGGAGUGUUCCACUAACACGUUGCAGACGUCCUGGGAUGCAGCUGCCGGCGCAGUGUCCUACAUCUCCACACUGGAGGGAGCAGGGGGUCUCCCCACUUCCUGUCCUACAGCUGACCAAAGCUGCCUCUUCCCUGGCCUCCAGUGCGCUCAGACGUAUAUGUUCAGUGUGGUGGCCCUCGGGGACAGGUGUAACAGCUCCGUGAGCGAAACAAUCUCAGCGAGAACUGCACCCUGUAAUCCCACAAACGUGACCGCUGCCCUGCAAUGUCUCUCUGGUGUGGUAAUGGUGACUUGGGGGGCCAGCGCUGGAGCAAAUUAUUACACGGUCCUGGCUGAGGCCAACGGACGCGUUGACUCCUGUAAUUCCACCGGCACGUCCUGUGAACUGACCCAGCUGCAGUGUGGGGAGGACUACACUGUGACUGUACUGGCAGGGGACGGGAAGUGCAACAGCUCCAUACUUGCCAAAACUAAUGUAACCACAGUGAUCCUGGAUCACUCUCUGGACUGUGUCUCCAACCACGCCUUGGUCACCUGGGUUGAGGACGAGGAGGCUGUGAGUGUUACAGUCAAUGCAACCUCCAGCCUGGGGCACAACACGUCUUGCGGCUCAUCCACCGACAGCAGCUGUGUCCUGGAUGAACUGCAGUGUGGACACACCUACACUGUCCAGGCUGUUGCAGAAGGAGUCCACUGUUCGAGCAAACCCAGUUCUACUUUUCAGAUUGUCACAUCGCCUUGCAUCCCUGCAAAUGUGGACUACACAUACUCCUGUGAGACCGGCAUCGCCUUCCUGAGCUGGGACGAGACUUUGGGCAGAAAGAGUUUCUACGCCCACGUCCACUCUGGAGACCACACGGCCUCCUGCAGCACCAGCCAGACCAGCUGCUCCCUGCCCUCACUGCUCUGCAGUCGCACGUACGACGCGAAAGUGACAGCUGUGGCGGACCACUGCAACAGCAGCGUGCCUGGGGUAACACAGAUACAGACAGCCCCCUGCGCCCCCAUGAAUGUGAGCGCCUCCCUGGUGUGUGACAACAACACGGCGGCGGUGAGCUGGCAACACAGUCACGGUGCAAUUUCCUACAAAGUGACAGCACUCGGCGGAGACGGCGAUGUCAAACAGUGCACCACAAAUGACACAAGUUGUCACCUACCCGACAUGCACUGUGCCCAGACGUACGAGAUCACCAUCACACCAUUCUCCAGUCAAUGCAAGGGUUUCGACAGCUACCCACACACCUACAUUGCAGGCCCCUGCCCCCCCACCGAUGUUCAUGUGUCCCUGCAGUGUGUCGGUAACGUGGGCCGUGUUACCUGGAACCCUGCCCCGCAAGCGGAGCUGUACGUGGCCACAGCCGUGGCCGAGCACGAACACACCUGCACCUCCGAUGGAACGAGCUGCUCCCUCGCCGACCUCCGCUGCGGCGAGACGUCCGUCGUCACGGUGGUCACCGUCGACAGGGGCUGCAGGAGCCAGCCCAGCCUGCCUUUCACUUUCCAGUCAGUCAUCUGCCCUCCCACCAAUGUGACUGGAGUGACAACUUGCGGGAACAAUGACAUCACUGUAAGCUGGGACCCGAGCCCUGAAAGUGGUGUGGACUACUUCCUCCGCUCUGAAGAAGAUGGCGGUGCCAGUGCCAACUACUCCACAACUCAGACGUCCCAUGUGAUCACCGGGCUGCAGUGUGGCGAGCUGUACGCGCUCACAGUCACUGCCAGGGACUCUGAGUGCACCAGCGUCCUCAGCAAGCCGAUACAAACUGAAACAGCUCCGUGCCCACCAACCCACCUGACUGCUAGUGCCGAAUGUGGCACCAAUUUGGGAACGUUGACCUGGGCGCCGAGUACCCGCGCUGUCUCCUACACAGCUACGGUGACUGGUACCCACGGCCACGUAGUUUCCUGCUCUUCCAACACAACAACUUGCUCAGUGAAGCUGGACUGUGGGCAUCAGUACUCUGCGGUUGUGGUUGCCUCCAGUGCGACGUGCAAGAGCAGCGCGGGGGCCACCUUGAUCUUUACCUCAGCUCCCUGUCUGCCUGACAGGGUGGUAGCGGACCUGGACUGCAAUGUCAACUCCUUCGCAGUGCAGUGGAGGGGGAGCAUCGGCGAUGUUGGCUCUUACACUGUGAUCGCCAUUGGCAGUGAUGACACACGUGCAACCUGUGACUCUUCAAACACUAACUGCACCAUCAAGAACCUAAAAUGUGGCCUCACCUACGGUGUCGUCGUCACUACAUCAUCAGUCGACUGUGGCACCAUCGAGGGCUCAGACUACAGAGUGCAGUCAGCCCCCUGUAGACCAGACAACGUGUUGGUGAAUCUGCAGUGCAGCACUAACUUGGCAUCAGUGACAUGGGGAAACUCAGGCCCAGACCAGUCUCAGGUGGUGUCUGCGGUCGACAGCGGAGGACGCGUCACCACCUGCAAUUCCAGCAGCUCCAACUGCACCUUUGACCAGCUGACCUGCGGGGAGAGUUACGUUUUCAGUGUGGUCGGCCACACCAAUUCAUGUAGCAGUGAACCCACUGUUUCGCAGAGGCUCAACACAGCUCCGUGUGUCCCCACCCACCUCACAGCACGAGUGGACUGCCAGACUGGUAUCACUGUGGUCACGUGGGACUCUGCACGUGGCGCCACGUCUUACACCGUCUACGCCCGGGGCAGUCUCGGCCACAGCGCUGAAUGUAACAGCACAGACACCAACUGUGAUUUCCCUAACCUGGCAUGUGGGCAGGACUACAGCAUUACAGUGGUGGCUCGUCAUGAAUCCUGCGUCAGCUUGGUCAGCGAGUCCGUCACUGCCUCUACAGGUCCUUGUCCCCACAGUGGUCUGAAAGCUACGCUGGACUGCAACACCAACACGGCCGUGGUGUCCUGGCUGCCCGGCAGCGGCAUCCAGUACUACAACGCCUCGGCCGAUGCCUUCGCCAUCACACACCAGCAGACCUGCUCCACCAACGGCUCCUCCUGUAACAUCACCUCUCUGCGCUGUGGGGAGAGCUACAGGGUGAGCGUCAGCGGACAGGGACGUAACUGCCCCAGUCCAGCCCAGGACUGGCACAGAAUCAACACAGCUCCCUGCCCUCCCACCCAUCUCAGGGUGGACUCUUCCUGCGAAUCAAACGAUAUCUCGGUGUCAUGGCAGGCCUCGCAGGGCUCGGUCUCCUACGUAGCUGUGGCUGAGAAUGUGCAGGGCCGCCAGUGGUCCUGCAAUACCAGCAGCACCCGCUGCCAGAUACCUGGUCUGCUCUGCGGACAGCAGUACCAAGUCUAUGUUGUUGGUGCUGAUGAAAAGUGUAUAGGAGCCAAGAGUAACAUUGAAGUGAUUCGGACAGCUCCAUGUGUGCCACAGAACAUUCAGAACAACCUCGACUGUCUGUCUGGUGUCCUCAAUGUUACUUGGCAGUCGACGGGUCACUUUUUGCAGUUCCACGCCUCUGUGGUGAGCAGCAAUGGUCACAUCAACAGCUGCAUGACGGAUAAGCAUCACUGCGUGGUGCGCAACGUGCAGUGUGAUCUGACCUACAGUGUUACAGUUGCGGCCGAAGACGGGACCUGCAAUAGCUCACGGAGUCCCAAAAAGCAGGUCCUUACGGCUCCCUGCCCUCUCCCGUCCUUCCUUCCCACUGUGAACUGCGACACUGGAGUUGUAUCUGUAGCCUGGAACAACAGCGUGGCAGGAGUCGUGUACAUGGUGUCGGCGGUCGACAAAACAGGUCAACGACACAACUGCACUGCCACAAACGAUGGUUGUAAUCUUAGCAUGCUGGAAUGCGGGACAGAGUACAACGUCACCAUCACACCAUCCAGGAACGGAUGUGUGGGCAGAGAUAGUCCCACAAAAGUGAUCACAACAGUUCCCUGCGUACCUGAAGUGUCUGAUGUGGAGAUCGACUGCCUGACCAGCUCAGCCUGGCUGAUAUAUGAGGAAUCCGCAGGGGCUGAAGACUACGUCACCAUAGUGACAGACAUCCGGGGUGACGUCCAGAUGUUUGAGUGUAACGCCACGUCAGAGGGGAUAUGCGCUCUGCCGCAGCUGAAGUGCAGCGAGAACCUCACCUUCACCCUCAAGGCCCGCGACCAGCAGUGCCCCAGUCCACCCAGCAAUGCUGUCACAACGGAGACAGCGCCCUGUCCUCCUCAGGAUGUAGAAAAUUCAGUGGACUGCGACAACGCCACAGUCAGCAUCACCUGGCCAGCCGUUCCUGGCGCAAUAACGUACACGGCCACGCUGGAGGAGAUAGAUGGAGACACCACCUGCUGCACCUCGUCGGACACCGGCUGUGACAUCACUGACCUGCCGUGUGGAGAAAUCUACAUCCUGCACGUCACAGCUGAGGGACGAACGUGCAACAGCUCCCAGAGCGAAGGGGACAUCGUCAGGACAGUGCCAUGCGUUCCUCAGAACCUCAGAGCCAGUCUGAGCUGCAGCGACAAUGUGGCCUCUGUGUCGUGGGACUACAUUAGAGGAGGGCAGCUUUACCGAGUGAGCGCAGUGGGCACUGAUGGCCACGAGGACCAGUGCAUCUCCCAUGAGAACCAGUGUGAUCUGACAGGCCUACGCUGUGGAGAGCACUACACAGCUACUGUGAUAGCAGAAGACAUAGACUGCAGGAGCAAACCGAGCGACAGUGUGACAAUCAAGACAGUGCCAUGCACCCCUGCAAAUGUCUCCUCUGUGGUGGACUGUCAGGUCAAUUCUCUGAGCGUGUCCUGGUCCGAGAGUUCAGGAGCGGACUCCUACAUUGCCACAGUGCAGGACAGCAACGGUCACACCACAACCUGUCAUGGCACAACGGAGGGCUCCUGCAACGUGACGGGACUCGGCUGCGGUCAGAUCUACCAUGUCUUCGUGGUCUCCUCCGAUGGAUACUGCAACAGCCCGCCCAUUCCUGUGGUUGACACGCCUUCGGUCCCCUGUGAACCAAGACAUAUCAAGGCAGUGUUUGACUGCUACACGCAGACAGCCCUGGUUGCGUGGUACCCGAGCGAUGGAGCUUUGUCGUACGAGGUGAUGGCCACCACCGCAUCCGGCCACAAUAUCACCUGUGUGACCAACACCACCAACUGUGAUCUGGAAGGGCUGCGGUGUGGGCAGAGCUACUCUGUGUCUGUCAAAGCUGUGGGCCGGACCUGCACCAGCAUCGCUCACAUGACAGGACAGCUUGUCAUUGGGCCAUGCAUCCCUGAACACAUCACCGCUCAGUACAGCCUGACGAUUGGCCAUGUGCUGUGGGACAUGACUUCUGGGGCUGAUUACUACACGGUGGACGGGGUAACAGAGCAGGGCCUCACAGUCUCUUGCAUCACUAAUGACACCUACUGUGCCUUGUAUAACUUAGACUGUGGCCGCUUGUACAACAUCAGUGUCACGGCAAACAACCGUGUGUGCCAAGACGUGUCCACCUCGACUGAAAUAGCUAUGAUUACAACAGAGCCUUGCCCGCCCAACAAUGUGGAGACCAACGCUCACUGUAAGAACAACGUAGGAACCGUGUCAUGGGAGGCCAGUAUUGGUGCAGUGGGCUACGAGGCCCGUCUCGCUGGGCGCGAUGGCCACUCUCUGUCCUGCUACACUAACGAAACUUUCUGUAACGUAGAAGAUCUCCACUGUGGUAUGGUCUACUACACCAACGUCAUCGCCAUCGGAGAGACACUCAACAGCACUGCCUCCACCACUGUUCUGCUGGCCUCAGCUCCCUGUGCAGCUGGAAACGUGGUGGCUAACCUGGACUGCGACAACGGCACAGCCGAGAUCUCCUGGAGCUCGGCCAAUGGAGCCAGCUCCUACCUGGUGACCGCCGUAGCAGCUGAUGGCUACCCCGCUUCAUGCGAGACCGACCAGCACCAGUGUGAACUGACGGAGCUGCAGUGUGGCCAGACGUAUAACAUCAGCCUCACAACCAUCAGCGACCACUGCCAAACUGAGACACAAGCCAAUGUCACCUUCAGCACACGUCCCUGUAAACCUUUGCAUGUUGGGGUGGACCUGCAGUGUGGGACGAGUACAGCCAACUUGCACUGGGAGGACAGAGAGGGAGUGGAGCGCUACCUGGCUACUGCCACCUGCAGCCUAGGAAUAACUCUGCAGUGCAACUCCACCAGCUCCACGUGCCAGUUCUCCAACUUGCACUGCGGGGAAACCUACGAAUUCUCUGUAACUGCGUAUCGUAACGAGUGUUACAGUGAAACCAGCAGUACUGUGGAGAUUCAGACAGAACCUUGCCAGCCAACUGGCCUGACAUUGGAUGGGUCGUGUUACAAUGAGACGGUGGUGUUGGAUUGGGCGGCGGCUAAAGGAGCAUCAGUCUACGUGGUGACAGCUACAGGAGACCUGGGAUAUGUCACAUCUUUCCAAACCGAUGAGACCAUGAUAGAGGCUGAGCUGCCCUGUGGACAGCUGUUUACCUUCAAUGUAAAAGCCCAGGAUGAUCAAUGCGACAGCGCCAUGAGCGUGCCCGAAGAAUUCAAGACCGGCCCCUGCGUACCUGAGAAUGUGCAGAGCUUUACACACUGUGAGAACAGUCUGGGCUCGGUCAGCUGGGCCAAGAGCGACGGGGCAGAGUCCUACUUGGCCAUUGCAACGGGAGAGGACGGCCAUACCCACGUGUGCGCCACAAACACCACCAGCUGCACCUGGGAUGACUUGCACUGUGGAGAGAAGUACACCGUUCACGUCAUCGCCAACGACUACAUGUGCAGCAGCUUGCCAAGCAACAGCACUUCAAUACGGAUGGCGCCAUGCACACCCCAGAACUUGAAGUCAUCUCUGAACUGCACUAUAAAGGUGGGAUCGCUGACCUGGAGUGCCAGUGAAAAUGCAGAGUUCUACAUUGUGACCGCAGAGGCCAACAGUGGCCACAGAGUGCAGCUCAGCACCAACGAAACCUGGACCUUCAUUUCCGAGUUCCUGUGUGGUCAGGAGUACUUCCUGUCUGUUCAGGCGGUAGAUUCUGUGUGCACAAGCCACCCAAGUCAGCCUUCAAAGCUUAAGUCAGAGCCCUGCCCACCCACCGGCGUCUCCAGCUUCAUGAACUGCCUCUCUAACAUUGCUGUGGUGUCGUGGACCGGUUCAGCCGGGGCGGAGUUCUACACCGCCACGGUGACGCAGGAAGAUGGCCAGUCAAACAGCUGCUGGUCCGACAGCGAGCAGUGCGGCAUGCCUAACGUCCACUGUGGACAGAACUACACAGUCGCCGUCGUCGCCUCCACCGAGAAGUGUAACUCUGACCCCAGUAAAGCGGACACACUGCAGUCAGUGCCUUGCGUUCCUACCGGUGUGGAUGUGAAGAUAGACUGCUCCAAAAAUCAAGCUCUCGUGUCCUGGAGUGCCAGCGAGGGGGCUCUGUCUUACAAAGUGACGGCUCAGAGCACACAGGGAGACGUCUCCUCCUGCGAGAGCGCAGAUCUAAAGUGUACGUUGACCGGCCUGACGUGCGGACGGUCCUACUCUGUCCAGGUGGUGGCGCGAGAUGAUAUCUGCUCGAGUUUGCCCAGCCCCACAACAAAGUUCAAAUCAGUUCCCUGCACGCCCAGGAGUGGCUCAGUGACCCUGGACUGCUUCACCAACUCGGCCCUCUUGGACUGGUCUUUUGCAGAGGGUGCCCUGGACUACACCGCGACAGCCCGGUCCUCUAGCGGCCACGUUUCCAUCUGCAGCUCCAACUUCACCAACUGCGAGCUGCAGGACCUACAGUGCGGCCAGACCUAUAAUUUGAUCGUUGUGGCUUCAAAUGAGAAGUGCAACAGCCCCCCAAGCACCAGGUUGCAGUUGGAAUCAGUGCCCUGUCCUCCUGAGAAUGUUAUGCCUGUACUGGACUGCUCUACUAACACUGCCCGGGUUCAGUGGCAGGCUAGCAGGGGGGCUGACUCCUACAUUGUCCAGGCCUUCGGCCUGGAAGAACACGAAUCUGGCUGUGAGACAGACUCACAGUCCUGCAUCCUCCCAGACCUCAUCUGUGGCUUCACCUACAAUAUCAGUGUGAUUGCCACCAACAGCAUGUGCAAUGUGUCGGAGAGUGACAUUAAACAGCUGCAAGCAGUGCCCUGUGUACCACAGCAGGUGGAGGCCCGUGUGGUUUGUGAGUCUGGCGCCGUGGCGGUCUCUUGGGAGCCGAGUAAAGGGGCAUCAUCAUACACCACGGUUGCCCAGGGCAACGGUGGCUACGCAUCAACGUGCAACAGCAGCGAGACAACAUGCCUGUUCAACGACUUGCUGUGCGGCCUCAACUACUCCAUCGCUGUCAGUGCUUCAGAUGAGACGUGUAGAAGCGCUGGAAGCUCUGCUGUGGAGAUCAACACGUUGCCGUGUGUACCACAGAAAGUAAUAGCAGAGACGGUCUGCAGUAAUGACACAGGCGUGGUGUCGUGGGAGGAAGAAGAGGACGUGUCCUCCUACAUAGUGCGAGCUUUUGGGCCCAGUGGUCACAAGACCGAGUGUGAGAGCACCGAAACCAGUUGUCAGCUACCCAAGCUGCAUUGUGGUCAGCUCUACAACGUGACAGUGACAGCUCAGGAUGGACGGUGUGACAACAGCCACGCUUACCUCACCCUGCAGUCAGUGCCUUGCAGGCCCACUAAUGUCAGGGCAUCUCUACAGUGCCACUUGAAUUCUGCUGCAGUGACAUGGGAGCGAGCCAGUGGAGCGGCAUCCUAUCUCGCAGUGGGUGUCGCAGCAGACGGAAGCCACCAGACCGAGUGUAACAACACCCUGACCCACUGUGACCUGAGUGACCUGCAGUGUGGACAGACCUACAACGUGAGCGUGUUCGGCCAGGAUGAGUCCUGUUCCAGCAUGGAGAGCGACAAGGCUUACGUGCGGACAGCCCCUUGUGCACCCCAGAACGUGACUGCUGAUGCACAGUGUGACGAAGGUGCCGUAACCGUGUCUUGGUCCCCCAACCCUGAUGCCCAGUACUUCCACGUGGCGGCAGUGAGCAACACGGGGGCGAGACUCUACUGUAACUCUAGCGGCACUACUUGCACUAUAGACACUCUACCGUGUGGACAGAACUACAGCAUUACUGUGCUGUCUGUAAGAGAUGGCUGUGAGAGCAAGCGGAGCGUUGCGGUAGAGUCCUCCUCAGCUCCAUGUGUGCCCGUGAACGCUAAGGGCCGUCUGGACUGCGUAUCAAACUCAGCCUGGGUGACGUGGGAUGACUCAGAAGGAGCCCUCAGCUACUUUGUUUAUGCCCAAGGGGCGAGAGAACACAACUCCAGCUGCACUACCACCUCCACCUCCUCUCCCUGUAACGUCCCAGAUCUGGAAUGCGGGACACUUUACACUUUUCACGUCACCGCCGUCAACAAACACUGCCGCAGUAAUCACAGCACCACCUUUAUGCUUGAGACAGGUCCUUGUGCUCUGAGAUCCAUCAGUGCAGUGGCAGAGUGCAACAGUGACACCAUCCUGGUGGAAUGGGAGAAGACAGUGGACACACCCUUCUACCUGGUGACUGCUGAGGGUCACGACCAAACUCUCAUUUCCUGUAACAGCUCCUACAGUUCCUGCGUACUCCAGGACGUCCGCUGUGGCACGCACUACAGCAUCAUCGUAUCAGCUUCCUCCGAUAAGUGCAGCAGCCUCAGAAGUCCACCAAAGAAGAUUAAAACAGCGCCCUGUGUACCAGACAAUGUGACAGUGCUGCCAUUAUGUGAGGAGAAUGGGGCUGCAGUGACGUGGGGACAUUCCCCUGUGGCCACAUCCUACCUGCUAACAGCCACAGGAAGGGAUGGACACGUCGCCAGCUGCAACACCUCAGUGAACAACUGCACCCUGGCUGAUCUGCGUUGCGGUCAGCCAUACAGCUUAAGCAUCACUGCCAGCGGAGACAACUGCACCAGCAAGCCCAGCACUUCGUACUUCAGAACAGUGCCGUGUGAGCCCUCUGGUCUCGCAGUGGAUCUGGAUUGUAAGAACAACUCUGCCAUCCUGUCUUGGAAUGCCAGUGAGGGCGCGGUGGAGUAUUACGGAUGUGCCCGAGCUAAGGGUGGAGACGCCCUCUACUGUGACAGCACUGUUACUUCCUGCACCUUUGAAGGCCUCGAAUGUGGUGAAAUGUACAAUUUCUCUGUGGAAGCCUCCAACGGCAUCUGCAACAGCUCGUUUAGUGCAUCUCUGAAGGCGGGAGCAGUCCCGUGUCCUCCGACUUCUCUGAAUGUCCGGAUGCAGAGGAUUGGCCAAACUUACUGGGCCAUGACGUCAUGGGACAGCGUCAAUUGCUCUGACGUGGAGUACCUGGCGGAGAUGACCGGUAAAAUCGAAAACAACCCACGGGCCCUGAUGGAGGUGUCUUCCUACUGGCAACCCAGGGAAUACUUUGAGUUCCCCAUGCCUUGCAGCACAUCUUAUAAUCUCACCGUACGCGCCCGAAACUCAGCUGGGGUCAGCACACCUUCCAGUGCCUUCACUGGAGUCACAGUCCCCUGCGCUCCACAGAAUGUGAAAUACAGUGGAAACACACAGUCUGCCGUGGUCUCCUGGGACGCGGCAGUGUUUGCCACCAUGUACACUGUCUACGAUACAUCGGGAGGAGGCCGCGCCAAGCUCUGCGACACCGCCGGGCUCUCCUGCCAGCUGACUAACUUCAAUUCCAGUGCCACCGAAGUGACAGCCAGCAAUGCCGUUGGAGAGAGCAGCCCGAACCGAGAUAUUGCAGGUCCAGCGGGAUCUCGCAGAAGAAGAGAUUUGCGGGCCACUCAAGUCUAUGCCAAUUUAGACAAAGAUCUUGAAUCUCCAAAGAUUCUGACUGUAACAGCAAGUGAAGUUUCCUUGUAUGUGAAGUGGACGUCGGUGAACGAGGCGACCGAGUACACGCUUGUCAUUGAGGAGGAACCGAGAGAGCAGCAGGCUGAUCAGCCGCCGAGAGUGAGAACCGUGGAGGGUGAUUUUUACUUAGAGACGGAUCUCAAGCCCCGGACCACCUACUGCAUCAGGCUCGCGGCCAAAAACGCCAUCAACCAAAGCAACUAUUCCAGUCCCCAGUGCAGAACCACUGGUGCAUCCUAAUGAAAUACCACAGGUCGGUUUAAAUAUACACUGGACUCAGGAGAAGUAACAUCAUAUGGGUUACAAGUUUUGUCCUCUCCCCUCUCUAGCGUCCCAACAGAAUUCAAUCUCUAAGAACUUUAGGGGGAAAACUGUAAAAAUAAAGUUGUUACAACUGCAAAGCUAUAACAGAAUUCCUCUUUUUGGGGUACAUCACAAAUAAGUUAUGAUCAAACCUGAGGAGAGCCUUUAGAUUUGAAUGCUUAUGAAUCUUUGUUAGCAAUAGGUUGUAUACAUUCUCCUAAUUGUGGCUGGUAUCAUAGCAGCACAUGGCUUUAUAGCUAUCUAACAAAGUAUUGCUGAGAUUAUAUUUAUCAAAAAUGGAUUUAUUUUUGAGAUAGGUUAUUAGAUUCUCUGGAUGAUUGUUAAACUAAAAAACCGUAGUGUAAACAAAUUGAUAAUUUAUCAAGCAAUGUUUUUAAAACCAUGCAGUAUAUUUUCUUAAUGAUCUACUAUAUGACGUCCCAUUUUG